GUUAACCUGUGAGGCGAGCGCAGCGCUGUGGAGUCGGCGGCCGGAGCGCGGCUCUGAGCAUGUGCUGUUCCUGCUGCAGUGAAGGAAAAUGUGUCAGUUAGCAUUGGAGAGGAGCAUGAGGGAGGAGAGAGGGAGAGCGAGGUUAGCCGGGGCAAACACACGACGAGAAGGAACCGAUGCGGCGCUGUCCGCGUUUUGUCCCCUGUCCUCUGCAUGAGUGCGAUGAUCUGGCACAGGGGCGAUCCCGCGCGCGCUGCGGCUUCACAAUAAAACCCGUACGACAGCCAGACUUCUAAACGGAGCAAGCAGCCCUGUUACCAUGGCAACAACAAUGACCCCUGAGCCCUUGACGCCGCUUUCACGGUGGUACCUAUACGCCAUCCAUGGCUACUUCUGCGAAGUCAUGUUCACAGCAGCAUGGGAGUUCGUAGUCAACUGCAACUGGAAGUUCCCUGGUGUGACGAGUGUGUGGGCACUUUUUAUCUAUGGAACCUGCAUCCUGAUCGUUGAGCGCAUGUACCUGCGUCUGCGUGAUCGCUGUAAUGUCUUGCUUCGCUGCCUCAUCUACACCCUAUGGACAUACAUGUGGGAGUUCGGCACAGGGCUGCUGCUGAGGCAGUUCGACGCCUGCCCUUGGGACUAUUCACAGUUCAAGUACAACUUCAUGGGCCUGAUUACAGCCGAAUACGCCGUCCCCUGGUUCUGCGCAUCGUUCAUUGUGGAGCGUCUGGUCAUCCGCAACACAUUGCGGCUACGCUUUGAUGAGUUGGCCGAGCCUGGCCCGGUUGGAGGAAGUGGUGGAGGUGAAAGAGGAGGAGGAAGGAGAGGAAGAGGAGGUAGAGGAGUAGUCACCAAUGCCAAUGGCUAUGUCAAAGUGGACUGAGUGAGAGGUGUCAUGUCCCCCUCCAUCUUUAAAUAUGUAUUUGCCCAGUCUAUUCUUCUCCAGCUUUUUCCUGGGAGAGAGAUGUUAGGAUUUAGUUGGCGUGGCUGAGUGGGGAAAAAAAGAAAGAGCUACAAAAAACAAGCAUGAAAACCACAGCGAGAAUCAGGUUUGUGGUUUUAGUGCCACUCAGAGGAGAACUGCAGUCUCUAUACUAAUGCCCAAAUUCUCAUAUGCCUCAUCAGGCAUUCCCCUGCCGUCUAUUAGCCCAGAGAAAAUACAGAGGAUUUAAUUCUGUUGCUUGUAUCAUUUGCCCAUCUGUACCAUACUGUACCUCCAAGGCCAGUCCAUCCAGUGGAGAAACACUAGGACUGAUAAGAAGCAGGAAAAGAACCCGAGAACUGAUUGAUACCAUCUUGAAGUAUAAAACAAUGGACCAGAAAAUAACCAAUGCUAUAAAACUCACUAUUUUUAGCAUAUUAAAGUUAAGUGUGUAGUAGCAAAAGCAAAUAACUGUUAGGAUAAAAAAAAUUUAACUGUUGAAGUUUGUGUUAUUUAUUAAUAUUUAUCUAUAGGUAGUUAAGUAACUUAUUGUAGGCUUACACUAUGUUGUAUAUUGUGCCCGAAAGUAAUGCAUUGAACUUGAAUCUAGUGUUUUUAUACUGAAAAAAGAAUGCUUGAACAUGCAUGAGAAUAGUGUCUUCCAGAUUUUUU